UUUAAUAAAUUUCACGAACCAGCCGGAAAACCCCAAUAACGCGAGCAGCCCGCCGUUACAUACACAGCAGUGACCCAGACAGGAUUUCCAGCGCUCAGUUUAUUCUUCACCCAUCUGCACGCUAUUUUGAGCAGUCUUCGUGGUAAAUCGCCGGUGCAUGCUCUAGUUCUACGCUCCCGAAAUGAUUUAUUUGUUUUAUUUGGAGAACUGAGGUGAUUUGCUGGUGCCUCUGCGAGACGAGGGACUAGUCUAGCACCACCAGACCUCAAAGGAGUGUCGAUGCCGUGCAAAUGUUGGACUCUGUCGUGCGAGGUAGUAGUAUGAGAAAUCCAUUAGGUUCAGCGGGUGACUGUUUUCUCUUCUCGCUCGAGUCCUCCCUCGCUGCUGAAAGCCGGGCCGAACUCUGUCUCCCGGUUAUUGGCGACACGUGAGAGCAGGCAGGCAGACACCACCAGCUCGCUCGGGCUGUGUGUAUGCCUCCGGGUGCAGCUAGCGACCUCUUGAAAUCAAUCUCAUAACGUUAUAGCCUACCCACACAAACCUGCAACGACAACAUCCUGCCCAGCUACACGGACGAACUGCCGCUGUGCAGCGCACUGUACGCCGCCAGGCCACCAAAGCUGCCCGCUCCUGCUGUCUGUCGCAUGCCGUUAUAACCGGAGCCGCGUGUGUCCAUUACAUCACUGCCAUCAAUCCCAGCUGUCCGCGAGCUUCAGCACAGCUCCGUUCGCCCUUGGCCGCCUGGCAGCGCGGGGAAGCAUCUCUGCGAGCGAGCGGAGGACGCAACGCGACUUAGACUAAGAUGACUGCGGUGGGGAUCUCUAGCAUGUGAUGGCGUCCAAAGUCCGAGAUGCUGUGGUGUGGUAUCAGAAGAAGAUCGGUGCAUACGACCAGCAGAUAUGGGAGAAGUCUGUGGAGCAGAGAGAAAUCAAGUUUAUUACAUUGGGUCUGAGGAAUAAGCCAAAGAAGACGGGCCAUGUAAAACCAGAUCUCAUCGAUGUGGACCUCGUCAGAGGCUCUGCAUUUGCGAAGGCCAAGCCUGAGAGUCCCUGGGUGGCCUUGGCCAGGAAGGGGCUGGUGAGGGUGCUGUGCUUCCCCUUCUUCUACCGCUGGUGGAUACAGGUGACCUCUCCUGCUGUGUUCCUACUGCUACUGGGACUAUACCUCAUACAAGUGUUGGCAGCUGUGCUGUACGUGUGUGUGACGGAGGAUCACCCCAUCCCGGCUACGGAAGUGUUUGGUGGCGCCUGGUUGAUGCUGCUGCUGGGGACGGUUCACUGCCAGAUCGUCUCCACGCGCCGCUACCCCAAACCAGGCCACACGGGGGCGACAAACACCAACGCCAGCAGCGCUAGCACUGCCGCCGGGAAGAGGCGCAGGCGUCUGCGUAAGGCGGUGCAGCUGGGUUCUUCUCAACACCACCACAGGGACAGCAGGGCGGCCGCCGCGGCCGACGCCGACGGCUCUAGCACUACCGAUCACGGCCAGGAGGGGGCCCCCUCGGGCCUCGUUAGCCCCCCGGGCCCCUUGAGCCUGAGCCUGCCCCUGCUGCGCCUCCUGCACCUCCCUGCUCUCCUCCUCAGCCUCUGGCAUGGCCUCUUUAAGGCAGGGGGGACUGUGUUGACCUCGUCACCUGGGCUUCUGACUACUGCUGAGGGGCAGGAGUUCAGGGGUGGGGUUUCACAAUGGUGUCGCCCCCUUGCGGGUGCCAACCCAGGCAGUUGGUCCAAGCGCUCCAAGUUUUCCAUGGACAAGUCGACAGAGACGGACCACGGCUACGUGUCACUGGACGGCCGCGUGACCAGCAAGAGCAGCGAGGAGGGGCUACAGAUGAACGACACACACACGCACACACUCACACACACGCUCGCGCACCCGCACGCCCUGCCGCCUCACACACACGCCCUGCCUCCUCACACCCACACACACACACUCACACACACACUCACACACCCGGAGAUGCUGCGCCAGGACGAGAACUGUUGGGGCGGUCUGGGACACCGGAACAACAUGUUGCUGCAGCCAAUCAGCAAGUGUCUGCCAGAGUCUCUGCUGCCUCGUGAAGUGGAGAACAUGUCCGACGAGGCGUCGAGCGAGGAAGACCCGGAACAUUCCUACAUCCCGCACCCCUACAGCGCCCUCCGCAGGGGGGGAGGGGGACUGGAGCGCAGCACCAACGACUGCGACACGCACGCGCACGCGCUACGACACCGCAAGACGCACAGCUACAAGAAGCACUACAGCACUGAGGACCAGAAGCAGUUCAGCACCAGCUGCAGUUCCCGCUGCUCCAGCCUGCGUACCAACACCACCACGGGCACCACGGGCACCACGGGAACGGUCGCCACGGGGACCACGCACUCGCUGGGCUCCACGGGCACGGGCACGGCGGACUCGGAGAGCACGCGGCACGGCUCGGAGACGGAGGACGUCCUGUGGGAGGACUUCCUGCACUGCGCCGAGUGCCGCUCCUCCUGCACCAGCGAGACCGAGCCAGAAGGGGGCGCCAGCAACACUGUUACCGGAGGAGGAGGAGGAGGAGGGGGAGGAGGAGGAGGGGGUAUAGCCGCGGGGAAGAAGGAGUAUCGAGAUGAUCCCUUUCACCAGGGUAAUGUCCCGUGGCUCCACUCCUCUAACCCCGGGCUGGAGCGCGUGAGCGCCAUCGUGUGGGAGGGGAACGAGUGCAAGAAGGCCGACAUGUCAGUACUGGAGAUUAGCGGCAUGAUCAUGAACCGGGUGAAUCUGCAGCCGCCAGGUCGUGGCUACCAGGUGUUUGGUAACGUGGUGUGUGUGGUGCUGGCGUUUACCCCGUUGGCCUAUCGGCUGUGCCAGUGCGGCGCGGGCAUGGGGAUGGGCAUGGGCAUGGGCACUGGAGGCUCCUCCCCCUCGCUGGGCUGGGCGGAGCUCGGCGGGCUGUCGGGGGCGGAGCUUCUGGAGGCGGCGCUGGGCUCCAGCCGGCCCCCCGUGGUCGCCAUGGUGACGCUCAGCCUGCUGGUGCGCGCGGCAGUGGCCUGGCUCUUCUUCUUCCUGCUCAGCGUGGCCGAGCGCACCUACAAACAGAGGUUGCUGUUUGCGAAGCUGUUUGGCCACUUGACGUCAGCUCGGCGGGCGCGUAAGUCCGAGGUGCCCCACUUCAGACUCAAGAAGGUCCAGAACAUCAAGAUGUGGCUCUCACUCAGAUCAUACCUCAAGAGACGGGGUCCCCAGAGGUCUGUUGACGUCAUCGUGUCCUCUGCUUUCCUUCUCACACUCUCCGUGAUCGUCAUCUGCUGUGCACAGCUGCUUCAUGUGCAUGAGACGUUCCUGGAGUCUCACUACAAUUGGGAGCUGCUGAUCUGGUGCGUCUCGCUCUCCCUUUUCCUGCUGCGCUUCGUCACCCUGGGCUCCCAGACCAGCAAGAAGUACAGCAACACAUCUAUACUGCUGACCGAACAGAUUAAUCUGUACCUGAAGAUGGAGAAGAAACCAAACAAGAAGGAAGAGCUGACGCUAGUCAACAACGUACUGAAGCUGGCAACCAAACUACUCAAGGAGCUGGACACCCCGUUCCGGCUGUACGGUCUGACGAUGAACCCGCUUCUGUACAGCAUCACCCAGGUGGUCAUCCUCUCAGCUGUGUCAGGGGUCAUCAGCGACCUGCUGGGAUUUAACCUAAAGCUCUGGAAGAUCAAGUCAUGACAGUAAGCGGUCCGGGCUACAGCAGUGGCGGCGCCUCCUGCUAUACGCACUUCUCACCACAAGAUGGCGACAUUUCACCCACUCUCCGACCACAACAUUUCCCCCCUGCGACAUUUCUUCCACUUCUCUCCACAAGAUCACAACAUUUCUCCCCUUUCCCACCACCAAAUGGCAACAUUUUAAAAAGUGACCCUUCAAAAAGUGACCAUGGAUGUGCGCGCCCUACCCAAAAUGACAUUUCUCCCUGUCAAAAUGAGCUCCAAAAAAAAUCAGCUUUAUUUAAUUAAACCAAGCAAUGUCUCAAUCACCCUUCAGACAUAUCAGCCUCACAAUGGUCCAGGGCAGGGGUGGAACUUAAGUUUUUUCCCCACCAGUCACGGUGGCAGGUAGAUCUCAAGAUUUCUACUUUUUAACAAAGUGACUGGUGGGUGGAAAAAUGUACCAGUCACCACUGAAAUGUACCCGUCAUUGGCAGGUGGACGGGUGCUUAUUUCCAUCCCUGGUCCAGGAUGAUCGAAACGGGCUCAUUUGCAGACCUGCCUUUUUUCAAGUGUCUGACAAUAUUGUCUGGCACCUGCAACAAGUGACUUUGGGUGUGCGCACCCGACCCAAAACGAUGUUUUCUCCCCAUUCCAUCACCGCUCGUUCUGGAUGGAGUCUGCGCUCCUCCGUUGCCCCCCCUUGCGUGCAGUACCACCCGGGAAACGUCGCGAGUGAACUCUCUCGUCACAUCCAUUGGACCUCUCUGACGACACCCUGCCCUGCCCAAACGACGUUUCUCUCCCCUUGCCACCACCAGAUGGCGACGUUUCUCCCUUUUUUCACCACAGGAGGGCGCUGUUUCCUCUGACCUGCCCGGUCCCUGACCACUGACACCAACACCAACACCAACUUUGGAUGUGACAUGCUGACACUUAUUUGGACUGCUGAUUGCAAAGACAAAAACAAAAAGACAAUUCAACAAAACACACUCAUACACACACACACUCUGACACACACCCACAUGGCUGUGCAAUCCACACCUAUUUAUUUACCCUGUCAGUGUUUCUGCGUGUUCCUUGUGACUUUUUUGUUCUUCUGUGUCAUUAGUUUGGUGUGUGUGUGUGCGUGCGUGCGUGUGUGGGUGCGUAUGCGUGAGUGUGGUUGUGUCCUUAGUUACACGCGUUUGUUUUUAUGGACACGAAAAGACUGUCGGUGAAAAGCAAAACGAAAACUGACUGACUGACUGAAAAAAGCAGCUGUGUUUUUUUUUUUAUUGUAUAGUGUAGUGCUGUGUGUGUGUGUGUGUGUGUGUGUGUGUGUGUGUGUGUGUGUGUGUGUGUGUGUGUGUGUGUGUGUGUGUGUGUGUGUGUGUGUGUGUGUGUGUGUGUGUGUGUGUGUGUUUUAACAUGCACACGUGUAUGUGUGUGUGUGUGUGUGUGUGUGCGCGCGCGUGUGCGUGCGUGGGUGUCCACACACAUGCACUUUCGACAGAGGUGAAACUGACAGGCAGUCACAGACAGACUGCCAGAGACACAGACAGAUAGACAGGCAGGCAGAGACAGACAGGCAGAUAGAUAGACAGACAGAGACACGUACAGACACACAGAAACAGAGAUAAAGACAGGUAGAGACACAGACAGGUAGAUACACAGACAGACAGACAGUCAGAUAGAGACAGAUAGGCCCAAAGAUAGAUACAGACAGACAAGACACAAAGCCUGACAGACACAGACAGACAGACACACAGACAAUCAGAUUGACAGAUAGAUAGCAACAGAUAGGCACAAAGAUAGACCGAUACAGAUAGACAGACAGAGACACAUACAGAAAGACAAACAGAGACAAAUACAGACAGACAAAUAGAUGGAUAGAUAGACAGACGGACAGAAAGACAGACAGCUAGACGUCCUGCCUCUGCUCCCUCUUGUCAGCUGGCCUGAGUUUGGAGGAGCCAGAGUGCAGUUCUCCCGGUGGCCUGCGGAGGGGGCUGAAGAGCCAACACUCAAGACUCUGCUGCCCUCAAACCUGCUGCCGUCGAACUCCACCGUGUUUCAAGUGUGUGUGUGAGACAGAGAGAGAUUGUGUGUGUGUGUGUGUGUGUGUGUGUGUGUGUGUGUGUGUGUGUGUGUGUGUGUGUGUGUGUGUGUGUGUGUGAGAGAGAGAGAGAGACAGCCUCAGUUAUUUGUUUGUGUUGAGCAGUGCUGAAUAAGAUUGUGUGUGUGUGUUCCUGCUCUGUUUUAGUUUGCCUUUCUCCUGCUGGACAUGAAUGUAUUACUGGAGACUUCUCAAACUUUUAUUUUGAAAUGCUUUAAAGAGUUGUUCUUCCUCUA